UUUAAAUCCAAAUUUAUUUGCUUGAAGCUCGAAGUGAUCUAGAAUAAAAAAAAAUAUUUAUCAAAGAAUUCCAAUUUUUUUCAAAUUAUAAGUUUAAAACAAAAAAUCGUUUGAAAUUAAAAUUAAAACAAUGUUUGGUGUUUUGAGAAUUGCAUCACGAUUACCAAUUGAUAGAAAAAUUCUUUCCAUCUCCAGGAAAUAUUCCAACCAAGCCAUAAGCCAUUUGCUUGCUCUAUCCCAAACUGAAAUCUGUGCAGAGUCCCCAUCUCGAGGACUCGUGUUGGGAGUUUAUGCUGAUGAAAAUGAUAAAUACGAUGCUGGCCAAUUGACUCCAGCAGCCUUGCGUUACAAUUCCUUGAAAACCGAUGGACGAUUGCUCGAAGUACUCCGAAUGUCUGGUCCAAUGCCGAAAAGAGGUGAAGCACGAAUUCUCUUCGCCGUGGAAACAGACAAAGUUCCCUAUUAUUCGGCAGUGGCUGUUGUAGGGCUUGGACAUGAGUGUUUGGGCUUUGAUUCGUUCGAAAUGAUUGACGAACGUAAGGAGGCCAUCCGGAAGUCAGUAGCUGCAGCUUGUAUGAAGUUGAGUGAGCUGAACACAGAUCGAAUUGAAGUUGAGCCAUGUGGUCAUGCUGAAUCGGCAGCUGAGGGAGCAGCUCUUGGAGUUUGGGCGUACCAAGAGCUUAAAGACUCAAAAAAUCGAAUGGAGGUGCCAAGUAUUGAGCUUUACACUCACAAGGAUGAAAUUUGCGAUAUCGAAGGGUGGCGUAUUGGCCUUCAAAAGGCUGCUGCUCAAAAUUUGUGCCGAGAACUCCAAGAGACCCCAGCAAAUCUAUUAACACCAACUGCUUUUGCAGAGAAAGUUAUACAAGUUCUCUGUAAGACCGGAGUCAAUGUCGAAGUAAAGGUCGAAGGAUGGGCCGAAAGUCAAGGAAUGAAUGCCUUUUUAGCUGUGGGAAAGGCGUCUUGUGAAGCUCCCAUCUUCUUAGAACUAAGCUAUUACGGUGGUCCCAAGGACGAAAGACCAAUUGUCUUAAUUGGUCAAGGGAUCACCUACGAUUGUGGUGGAUUGAACUUAAAAAAGUACGGCGAAUUGAAAUUGAUGCGUGGUGACAUGACAGGAGCAGCUGUUGUGGUCGCAACUUGUAAAGCAAUUUCAAGCCUUCGCUUGCCUGUCAAUAUCCGUGCCCUGAUACCACUAUGUGAGAAUGUUAUGGGCUGUAAUUCAUUCAGACCUGGUGAUGUGGUUAAAUGCCGAAAUGGUAAAAGUGUUUGUAUUCAAGGAACCGAUCACGAAGAUGUCCUUGUACUCGCCGAUGCCUUGCAUUAUGCUCAGAAUUUUUGUCCGAAAUUUGUUGUUGAUAUUGGAACAACAUCUGGAGCAAUGCGUCAGACACUGGAUGAAGCAGCUUGUGGUGUCUUUACCAAUUCGGAAAUUCUAUGGCAGCAAAUUAAGAAUGCAAGUAUCCAUACUGGAGACCGAGUGUGGAGACUACCACUCUGGAAUUAUUAUUCGAAUUUGGUAACAGAAUCUUCGAUAGCAUCAGAUGUGCAGAAUUAUGGAGGUGGAUCUGGUGGAAAACCGUGUAAGGCAGCAGCUUUCUUGAGGCAAUUUGUGCCAUGUGGACAAUGGAUGCAUAUUGAUGCAACUAAUGUAAUGUACUCGAAUGGAAAAGGAUUGGUGUACAUUCGUGAAGGAAUGGCGGGAAGACCUACCCGUACAAUUAUUGAACUUGUAGCACAGAGCAUUUGCAAGGAUACACAUCCUAAAAUUCCACCAGAAAAGCAUUAAUAUUGCGGGUUGUUCAAAUUUUGUAUAUUUAUCAAUUAUCAUGUUGUGGAAUUAAAAUUCAAAAACAAGAAA